AUGGAACUGGAGAAGAGUUGUGCAUCCUACACUGGGGUGGUGAUUGGGAUGCUCAGUCUCAUCAUGCUGGUCCUGACAUUUGCCGUGACAAGCAUCGUGUACAGAUACAGGUGGAAACUGAGGUACCUCUACUACGUUGCCCGAAACCGACACAAAGGCUACCUGCCUGUAGAAGAGGAGGAACAGGGGUUCGAGUUUGAUGCCUUCAUAUCCUACGCUGAUGAGGACCGUGAACUUGUAGUAAGGAACAUGAGGCAGAGGCUUGAAGAGAUGCAAGGUCUAAAGCUUUGUAUUCAUCACCGAGACUUUCUCGUCGGGGAAGCCAUCGCUGCCAACAUCCUGAACGCCGUGAAAUCCAGCAGGAAGACGGUGAUUGUCCUGUCAAGACACUUCUUGAGGAGCUACUGGUGUAAGUACGAAGUGGAGAUGGCUAAGAUGGAGAGUAUCUACACAGGACGGAACACCCUGCUGGUUGUUGUACUGGAGAACAUCCCUGUGAAGGACCUGACCCCUGACAUUGUGGAGUUGAUGUGUCAAGAUUCCUAUGUAGAGUACACGGAUGAUCAGGAAGGUCAAGAAGUGUUCUGGCAGAAUCUGGAGCGGGCAAUACGUAGUAUGUAA